AUGGUAGUGGGCGCUGUGGUUGGACGAAAAUGCAGAACAGAAACAGGAACGACAGGCGGUGAAAGCGCAGAUGGCCCGCUCCUGAAGCGCGCUGCGGUCGGCGGGCGCAGGAGGGCAACUGGCAGCCAUGAGGACAAGCAAUCGCGGCAAUCAACAGAGGGCGAGAGGAGCGUGGCUGAUCUGGCUAUUCAUAGCCGGUGUUGGUGGUCGGGAAUGGAAGCAAGCACUUGCAAGUCCGCAUGUCCAGCAGGCCGGCGGGUGUUGAUAGCAACAGCACGUAACGCAUCGCAUCCCCGGGAAAACACCCAUAACAUAGUCAGCCAGCCGAAGCAACAAGACGACAUCGUCAUCACCAUCACCAUCAUCAUCACCAUCACCAUCACCAUCACCAUCACCAUCACCAUCACCAUCACCAUCACCAUCACCAUCACCAUCACCAUCACCAUCACCAUCACCAUCACCAUCGUCACCCUGCCACGCUUACGUUCACUCACACUCACGCUCACACUCACGCUCACCAAGCUCCACCACAGCCCUUGA